AUGCUUGACUUUACAGAACAGGCCCAGGCUCAUAGGCAGAUAGCAGAGCCAACACCAGCGGCCGCAGUCUCAAUGUCACCUAAACCUCCCAAUGUCCCAGGGAUUUUACAGCACAUCAAAUUUAAUCUAUAUCUGCCCUCGGUGAUUCUCCAUAUGAGUCCAGGAUAUGACUACAAUCGUUUCACGCCUGAUCCAGACGAAGCGUUCAGCGAGCUGGCUCAGGAUUUUGACAAAGUCGUGAACGAGUUUCGCGGCAUAAGAAAGCAGCCUGAACGGAGUCAGGAAUUUUUUGAGCAAUACAAGAGGUAUUUACGAGAUGCUUUAGUGAGGAUGGUGCAUACCAGUAAUGCCCUCGAGAAUGCUGGGGUAGGAUUCGACGUUACGAACAGUUUGGUGGAUGAUAUGUUAAGUGGAAUGGAGAUGUCAGCAGAGAUUGGGGAGGACGAUGCUCGGUACAAAGCCAUAGUGGACCACCUAUCUCAAAAGAGAGCAGACACGAGCUACCACGCUGUGCAACAAGCCUUCCGUCAAGUUAUCCAACAUGUCUACGCGGUCUUCUACAUCAUCGAGCAAAUGAUCGUACAGGACAAGCUCUUAUCAGAAGCACUUUUACAACAAACCCACCGUAUCCUAACCGAUGGCAUAAACGCGGAGAACUCAGAAAGUGAUCCAUCGACGGCAUAUGGCGGCACAUAUCGCACCGAUGACGUUGGCUGGACACCAUUCUCUUCCUUCGCAGCACCAUCAUCAAUCCCCUACCGAGUAGCCUCAACAAUCACAGAGCUCAAUACCACCAUCCAGAGAUCGGAAUCCACAAUGGCCAUUGACCCAUACCAACUUGCCUCGAAAACUUCCCACAAGCUGCUCACUAUUCAUCCUUUCCUGGACGGCAAUAGUCGCGUAUCUCGGAUUGUGCUUAACACGGUUUUGCUGAAGUAUACGUGUACAAUGAUACCGUUUGGACGCGAUCCGAUUGAGGCGGCGAAGUGGAAGGAAACUGUUGCUAGGGCGGCGGAGAUGGAAGUAGAAAUAGAGGACAUGGGUGGGGAAUAUUAUAAGGACUUUGGACAUGGAGACAAAGGCCCUUGGAAGGAAGUAGCAACGCUGGUUUUGAUCCAGGGUCGCAGAGAGAUGGGGAAUUUGAGGGAGAUACUUUUGACAGAGGCGAAGCAGGGUAAGAAGAGGACGAGUGGUGCUGAUAUGUAUCCAUGGGAGGGAGAGACCGAUGAUCCAUUCGUGAGAGAGAUGGAGAAACGUAUGGGAAGGGGGGCUUUACUCCCGCCUAAGGAUGACGAGGAUCUUUCUUAA